AUGUGUUUAGGUUUGUGUUGGGGGGGGUGGUUUGGUGGGGUGGGUUUGUGGGGGGGUUGGUGGUUGGGGGUGGGUUUGGGUGGUUUUAUGGGGGGGUGUGUUUUGAUUUUUGGGGUUGGUGGGGGGGGUUGUGGGAGGGGGGGGUGUGUGUGUGGGGGUGUUUGGGGUUUUGUGUGGUUGUUUUGUGUGGUUGUGAUAUUUGUUCUGGUUGUUUUUGGUGUGGUGGUGUGGGGGUUUGGUUGUUUUGGAGUGGUUGAUGGUGUGGUGGUGAUUGGUGGGUGGUUUUGGUUGGGUGGUGGGUUGGGGUGUGGUUGUGGGGUUGGGGUUGUUGUUGUGGGUGUUUGGGUAUGUGGGGGGUGUGUGGUUGUUGUGGGUUUUUGGUGGGUUUGGAUAGAUGAUUAA